GCGCGGGCGGGCGGGGAGAAGAGAGGUGCAAAGGACCGCAGGAAGAGCGAGGAUGAGAGGAUAGUAGUCGACAAGAGGUUGCGGUGGCGAGGAGCAAGGGAGGGCGGGGAGCCGCUCCAGCCAGAGGCUGCGUGGGGGGGGGAGAGGCAGCGAUGCCGCUCGUGUCUUGCCGCCUCCCGCGGUGCGGGCGCUGAGGGGGGUCGGACGAUGGGCUGCGGCGGGAGCCGCGCAGAUGCCAUCGAGCCGCGCUACUACGAGAGCUGGACGCGGGAGACCGAGUCCACUUGGCUGACCAACACCGACGCGGAGCCCCCGCCGCAGCAGCUGCCCGGCGGCGGCCCGGAGAGCGGCAACCCCGAGGUCGGCCUGCGAGAAACGGGAAUUCUGGAGGAUGGCAGAUACACUCAGACCUGUGUCACAAAGUCUUCAGCUACAAGUGGUAUAGCUACCGCUGAAAAGAGAACUCAGUGUGGUAUGCAGUUCACAAAGACUGUAAGUCAGACCACCACCACAGCAUCGAAGCAGCAGAAUGGCUUUAGAACAGCAGAGCCCAAAUGGGACAGCAAGAAAAACGCUACAAAAGAAACCACAAUGAAUGCUGCCAAAAAUAACAGACAAAUGAAUAGCAACAGAAGAGUGACAAAGAACUGUGUCAAUUAAGAGAGCCAAGAGAGGACGAAUGACCUUUGCAAUAUAUUGCUGCACUUUAACUGAUCACUCAAGAGCUCAAGAAGUUUUAUGCGGAAUCCAAUGGCCCCCGGCUGCUGAGUGCCUUGGGAAAUGCUGUCUGUCUUUGAGCUCUAAACAUCUGCUAGCAACACUGGAUGCUUGGACAUAGCAUACUUUAGUUCUGUAUUGCCACUUGAAUGAGACUGGGCCAGCGAGUAGCACAUAAUCUGAAAUGUUUCUUUGACUUCAUUUUUUUUAAACUUUGUCACUUAAUGUAAUAUAAUUAAAUAAAAUCUAAAUAUUGAUAUUUCAGAAGCACUGAAAUCUCACACCCA